AUGGUCGUGGGAGGUGGACAAUCAAUAAACGACUUCGAUCCAAACCCACUAAUUGGUAACGGCCGCGCGAUAUCUAUCCUCCUGGCUCGCGAGGGGGCGACGGUCACGGUUAUUGACCGAUCUCUAACCGCUGCGCAAGGAACGGUCGAUAUUAUUAGAGAAGAAGCUGCGGGCGAGGCCAUUGCCGUCGUCGGUGAUGUAUCCACACCAGAGGGCUGCGAGGAUACAGUCAAGUCUUCCCUGCAAGCUCUCGGUGGAACGGUCGACGGCAUGGUGAUUGUUAUUGGGGUUGUGGGUGAUGCAUGUUCGGUGGAAGCCAACGCGAAGGCGCGAGCAGACUACUGGGAUUGUGUUAUAAAUUUAAACCUACAAGCCCAUUACCUCUUGAUGUAA